CUAUAUUCAUCCUCGCUCGCCACCUUCCAACUCCACUAUCGUGUCCUACGAUUUGCAAUCGGAGCCCACGAUCCAAUGAAUCAAGUGAACUCCGAGUUAAACACUCGAGGGUGGUUGCGAGGUGCUGUCAUCGUGCUGCUACUGCUUGGAAAAUGGUCAGGAGGGAGGGCUCAAGAACUGAAACGAGUUCCGGCAAUAUUUGUGAUGGGGGAUUCCUUAGUGGAAGUGGGCAAUAACAACUACCUUAAUUCCCUUGCCAGAUGUAAUUACUAUCCUUAUGGGAUAGAUUCCCCGCGAGGACCUUCCGGCAGAUGUUCUAAUGGAAAAACAUAUGUCGACAUGAUCGGGGAGAUGCUGGGAUUGCCCGAUCCUCCAGCUUAUGCGGAUCCAUCUACCCGUGGUCCUCGAAUCCUAGGAGGAGUGAAUUAUGCUUCAGCAGCUGGAGGUAUUCUUGAUGAGACGGGCCGACAUUUUGGGGAGAGGUAUAGCCUGAGUCAGCAAGUGCUGAACUUCGAGAGCACAUUGAAUCAGCUGAGAAGCAUGAUGAAUGCGACAGACCUCAGCCGGUUCCUGGCGAAAUCCAUUGUGCUCAUGAAUUUCGGGAGUAAUGACUAUAUCAACAACUACCUGCUUCCCUCCCUUUACUCGACCAGCUACACCUAUAACCCUCGCGACUUUGCAAACCUUCUCCUCAAUCACUACAGCCGCCAGCUUCUGGCGCUACACAGUGUGGGAUUAAGGAAGUUCUUCAUAGCAGGUGUAGGACCCCUUGGAUGCAUCCCGAACCAGAGAGCCAUGUGGCAAGCUCCAGCUGGUCGGUGUGUCGACUUUGUCAACCAAAUUUUGGGGACCUUCAAUGAAGGCCUCAGGUCUCUUGUGGAUCAGCUCAAUCACAAUCACCCUGGGGCUAUCUUCGUUUAUGGCAACGGAUAUGCUGCAGUAGGGGACCUCCUUAACAACCCUGCAAGAUAUGGAUUUACCAUUGCAGACAGGGCGUGUUGCGGGAUAGGGACGAACCGAGGACAAAUCACAUGCACCCCCAUGAUGAUCCCAUGUCCAAACCAGAACCAGCACCUGUUCUGGGAUGCAUUGCAUCUGACACAGAGCGCCAAUGCCGUGCUAGCUCAACGUGCUCUCUACGGCCCUCAAUCCGACGUUUAUCCCAUAAAUAUCUAUCAAAUGUCUCUUCUUUAGGCCCUCUCUUGCUCCACUGACUGUCUUGAUCGCCUGUAUCAUGCAGUGGCAAGUUUAUCUGUGCUGUUUCUUAGGCA